AUGGACAUGGACAUGGACAUGUCUUUAUUUUCGAGAGAUCUUGAAUUUUUGCCUCGAGAACUGCAUCGUUUGGAUGGUAAUAAAAUCGGUAGAUUGGAGAAUGGAAGUUUAGUGCACAACAAGUUGGUGUAUCCCGUGAAUUCUUAUCGGGUGGUCGGAAAUGAGACAUACGGAUGCGUGUGUAACGUACGCGCUUGUCUGAGAAAGUGUUGCAGGCGAGAUCAGAUUUUAGGAGGAAGCGAUCGGCCGAAUUGUACUAAAUUAGAAAACGGACAACUCGCGAGGGAUCUUGCUUUGGAAGAGCGUCAACUAGCGAACGAGAUUCAAGGAAUAUCCGGUUUAAGCGAUUUCUUCGUUCUCAUCGAGGACAUGUUGUGCCCGGAGAACAAGUAUAGAUUGGAACCGGAACGGUACGAAGAAGAUGCGUUCGUUUUACUAGAAAACGGCACCCUUCAAACCUCUACGAGCAAGUUCGCAGCAUGGACUUACUGCCUCGACUGGAAAGAUUCCUUCGAAAAGAUCGUCGUUUUAGUUUGUCUGUCGACCGACGACGCUUCUUCUUACGAGGAGGAGGAGAAACAACAAGAAUCUUACAAAGUCGGUAUCAUUGUUUCCAUUCCGUUCUUCUUCGUCACUUUUCUCGUGUACGCGAUCAUUCCAGAGCUAAGGAACCUCUAUGGAAAGACUUUGAUGUGUUACGUCGCUUGUCUCGUCGUCGCGUACACCUUUCUCGUCUUGGUCAAAUUCUUUUACUACUUUACCAUUGCUCUCUGUUCCGCGAUAGCCUUCGUCAUCCAUUUCUCCUUCUUGGCCAGCUUUUUCUGGUUGAACGUAAUGUGUUUCGAUAUUUGGUGGACGUUUGGAGGUUUUCGAUCACUGCAGGGCAGCGUGAAGCAAAGGGAACGAAAGAAAUUUUUAAUAUACUCCGUCUAUGCUUGGGGCUGUGCGUUUCUUCUUACCGGGGUCUGCAUCCUUAUGGAUUUUCUUCCCAAUAUUCCGGAGCACUUUGUCAAGCCGGAAUUCGGCACGCAAAGUUGCUGGUUCAACACGGAUAAGGCAAAGGCGAUCUACUUUUACGGACCCAUGGGUGUUACUGUCUUUUGCAAUAUAUGCCUUUUCGUUUCUACGGCACUAAAGAUCGUGCAACACAAAAAGGAUACGGCUCAUCAUUUGAAAGGUAUAGACAGCAGACGUCACGACGACAAUAAGCAAUGGUUCAACCUCUACCUGAAGCUAUUCAUCGUGAUGGGUAUUAACUGGUCGAUGGAGAUAGUAUCGUGGCUAUGCAACAAUUCACCGGCGUAUAUUUGGUACCUUACCGAUCUUACAAACACCUUGCAGGGUGUUAUCAUCUUUUUGAUUUUCGUUUGGAAAGACAAAAUCAGACGGCUACUUUUAAAACGAUUCGGAUGCCAUGGAAACAACGUACUCUCAAGAAACUCGACUCGCAGCGCGUAUCACAGCUCUGCUUCUCGUACAACCUGUACGACAUCGGCCGUACCGCUCCACGAGAAGAUUAACACGUAUUCGAGCGACCCCGCCUCUCGCAACAGGACUACAUUUCUCGAUAACAACGAUUGCGUUUAACACGUAAUCCCCUCGAUAAAUGACGUUACUACAAUCUUUACUACAAUCUAAAUUCAUUACCUUACGUGUGUUCUUUCAAUAUCUCUUUCGUCAAUUUCGAGACCCCGAAACAAUGCUCGGCUCAACUCUUGGUACGCGCAUACCGGGCACCGGUAGUUGUAAUCGACAACUAAACUGAAUCUGUAUCUGUAUCUGUAUCUGUAUCUAUCUAGUCACCGAUGAGUUACCAUUGCAUUUAACAUAAAUUUAACAACGAUUUUUUACCAAUUUCAGAAGUUUAUUUUCAAGAAAACGUAAUGCUAAAUAUGUAUAUUGAAAAUAAUGUAACGCUAAAUAAUCUAACGUGUUUUUUCGUAUCAAUGGAUGAGUAAUGUAUCUUGAAUGAAAAUGAAAUACUAAAAACUGCUUCGUGUUCAGCGUUAAAUGGUUAUCAAGUUGUGCUUAAUGUAAAAAGGAAGUGGCAAAAAUGCUGGCCAUCGUCUACCUUAAAAUUUACAUUAAAUUCGUUAUUUUUACGAUGUCAAGUAUUUGAAAA